GCCUAUGAUGCAAAUCGUCCCAUGGCCCUUCGGACGAUCCACUCUUUACCUCCUUCUUCCACUCACAAUUCGUUCAUUACCACUUGGAAGCCGUCACCCUUCUUCCGCCUUUCCGUUUCCGGUUAAGACUCGUUUUGACUCUCUCGCGCUCUCUCCAGUUUUCGGAUCUAAGUUAGAACGUCUGUGUUUCCUUAUCCUUAUCUCCUUACUAGUUGGUUCCUGGUAAGGGGUUCCACCACUGCUGCAACCAUGUCAACUUCGUCACGACGACGGAGAUCCCCUUUAGAAGUCUCCUCGUCGCGAUCGUCUUCUUCUUCCUCAUCAUCUCAUGCGUCGUGGACAUCAACAACAACCUCUCCGUCUUCUCGCCUGAGGCCACCACCCCCAUCAACAGCAACAGCAACAGCAACAGCAACAGCAACAUCAACAUCAACAUCACCACCAUCACCAUCGCGUACAACGACCGUGUCAACCUCUCACGUCUUCCUCUUCCUCAUCGCCUUGCGUCUCCUCAAUGCCUUGUCCCUUCGCACCUUCUUUCAACCCGAUGAGUUCUUUCAAUCGCUUGAACCGGCGUGGCACACUGCGUUCGGCGAAAGCCACGGGGCUUGGAUAACAUGGGAAUGGCGACACCAUCUGCGGUCUUCCAUCCAUCCCCUGCUAUUUGCUACAAUUUAUUCUAUCGCCGACCUUGCCGCGCGCGCUCUUCAUCUCUCCCCCGCAUUCCGCGCUGAUCUCCUCAUUGUCGCCCCAAAGUCGGCGCAGGCCGUUCUCGCUGCCAUUGGAGAUCUGUAUACGUGGAAAUUAGCCCGUUAUGUGUACGGACGUCGCAGUCAUGGAGCCUGGGCUGCUCUCGCCUUGACCGUCCUCAGCCCCUGGCAAUGGUUUUGUUCGACCCGGACUUUAUCCAAUUGCCUCGAAACCACAAUUACGAUUGUCGCGCUCAAUUUAUGGCCAUGGGAAUGGUCGUCGGAAUCCACACCAACAGUUCAACUGAGGAAGAACACGCGCUCCACUACUAAGGAUACAGGGGUGAAUGGCACCGGUGGUGGAGCUCUUGUUGUCAGACUGCGCAAAUGUCUUACUCUUGCUGCAUUGGCGUGUAUCCUGCGACCGACAAACGUUCUGAUCUGGAUGGGCCUAGCUGGCGUCGCAUGGCUUCGGAGCACUUGGCGCGAGCGGACGAUCCUCUGUCGCGAGGUUUUGCUUUGUGGUGUCUCUGUCCUCGCCGGAUCGACCGUUCUGGAUCGCCUGUACUACGGAGUUUGGACGUUUCCCCCACUCAGAUUCCUGUACUUCAACAUAGCCCAGUCUCUGGCAGUCUACUAUGGGAGGAAUGACUGGCACUAUUAUGCGACACAAGGCUAUCCCCUUCUGCUUACGACCGCACUGCCCUUUACCCUUGUCGGCCUAUAUCGUACACUAAUCCAGUCCCGGUCAACUACACCAAACGCUCGGCACGCGUCUGUGCAAAUUCAACUGGCAGCUAUUUGUCUAUUCAUGCCGCUGGUGCUCUCACUCAUCUCCCAUAAGGAAGUGCGGUUCAUCUAUCCGUUGCUGCCCACACUACAUGUCCUGACGGCCCCGCCGCUGGUGGACUUCUUUCUCCCGGCUGUCUCUCAUUCAAACGGGGCAUACAUGCCCAGACGGCUGUCUCUUGUCUUCUUGUUGCUGGUCAACAUCACUGUUGCAAUUUACACAUCUGUAUACCACGCAUCUGGGGCCAUCAGCGUUCUCUCGUACCUCCGCGACCAGCAGCAAGCUCACAGCACUGUGGACAAAUCCGCAUACUCGCCUGGUGCUUUGCAGCGGAUCACGGCUGGGUUCCUCAUGCCCUGCCACAGCACCCCAUGGCGUUCCCACUUGGUCGAUUCAAACAUUCAUACCUGGGCGCUAUCUUGUGAACCACCUGUGGACUUGAACGAGUCCCAGAAGGCUGUAUACGUCGAUGAGGCCGACCAAUUCUACAACGACCCCAGCCAAUUCCUGCGCGAUAACAUGGCUGGCGGACUGCGCCAUCUACCUCGAACGCCCAACUAUCUGGCUUCCUCCAAACCUCGAGAAACCAGCGCGCAAGCCUACCAGCAAGCCACUCCGCACGAAUGGCCCGACUAUCUCAUCUUUUUCGCCCAGAUGGAACCCACCCUGCACAGCCUUCUCCGCAGUAGCUCCUACGGCGAGUGUUGGCGCACCUGGAACACCGCUUGGCACGAUGACUCCCGUCGCCGAGGCGACAUCAUUGUCUGGUGCCUCGACCCAAAGGAACAAGCCGCCUGGCGAUCAGCGACGCGGAAGCGUAAUCUCGAGCAUCGCGACCGUCAAUUCGAUCGGAUCGUGGAAACGUUCCGCAAGAAUGCGCCCGGUCAGCGGAAAUCCUCCCCUUGGACCCGAUGGACAUCCUCUCUGUCCGGGCGAUCGGCAUCCUCGACCUGGUCCUGGCCCUGGGAACGACGCAGACGGACCUGGUUCGGAAUCCAGUUACCGGUCUGGAAGAAAUCCUCAUGGACCUUUCCAUCAUGGACGUGGCCGAAAUCUUCCAAGAAGAAAACCAGAGCCGUUGAUCGGGACCUCUGGUCUUAAUCUUACCUUCUCAUCUAUGCCUCUUUGAUUCACUUCCUUGAAUAUAUUCUAUUUUGUAUCAAAGUUUAGAUAGAUACCUCACUCUGUC